AUGAAAAAAAUUGAAAAUCCAAAUAAUUCUAGCGAAGAAACUCCCAUAGUACAUGAUGAACUCACUCAGUAUGUAGAUGGUAGAUAUUUAAGCCCAAUGGAAGGUGCUUGGCGUCUACAAGGAUAUCCCCUUUGUGGUAAAAUAACCGCUGUAGAACGUUUAGGAAUCCAUACAAAAGAUCAACAACAUAUAGUUUACGAAGAAAAUAAAGAAUUGCAAGCCUUAAACAAUAAAGAAACUACUUUAACAGCAUGGUUUAAAUUAAAUAAAAUUGAUGAUUUUGCAAAAACACAAAUAUCAGAAAAGAUACAGGGUAAUACAAUUUGGAACAAAUUUAAAAAUUAUUUCACCGAAGAUUUUAAGACAAAUAAAGAGAAUAAUGUUCUACCUCAUAUUCACCUCACGGCGACCUCGGGCCCGAAUCAGUGUGCAUCCGUCUCUGACAUUCCAUCGGAUGGACCGACAGGCAGCGCAGGGCACGCUCCGGGCAGUCAUCUCGCCCGGCUCGUGAUCGGCUGGGCGCAUCAUCAGGCCCUUCACGGUGGAUACCAAUUAACAUACGCUCACGCCAUCCGUCGCGCCUGGAUUGUUGGAGGGAAGACCCGGGUUAAAGCACAGGUUCAUGCGUGCAUUGUUUGUGCCAGAUCUGUCAACCGCCCCAUGACCCAGAUUAUGGCUUCUCUGCCUGCCGCACGAGUAACGCCAUCGAGACCAUUCAGCCGAUGUGGUGUUAACUAUGCGGGACCCUUCUCCAUUCUUCGGUCUAAGGGACGAGGAAUGGUCUCGACUAAAGGCUACGUCGCGACGUUCAUCUGCUUUACAACCAAGGCCGUCCAUUUGGAGCUAGCGGGCGAUCUUACCACCAAAAGCUUCCUCGAGGCUCUGACACGUUUCAUCGCACGGCGAGGUCGACCUUCAGAGAUUUGGAGCGACAACGGCACUAUUUUCCGCGGUGCAGAUGCUGAACUCCGACGCCUUCUCCGCGACGCUGAAAUGAACUGGCAGUUAGUGGCUGGAGCGCUAGUUGACGACGGCAUCACUUGGCGGUUCAUACCCCCAUCAGCUCCGCAUUUUGGAGGGCUUUGGGAGGCCGGCGUCAAAUCAACCAAGACCCACCUGCAGCGAGUGGCCGGACCAAAGAAACUCACGUACGAAGAAUUUUCGACGCUGCUCGCUGAAGUCGAAAUGGUCCUGAAUUGCCGUCCGAUCUCCCCUUUCUCGGGCGACGUCGAUGACUUGGACGUUCUUACGCCUGGCCACUUCCUAUUCGGUGGCCCGCUGAACACCAUACCUCGGCCGAACAUCGACGAAGCCGAUCUUCCCAGACUGUCCCAUUGGAAACUGGUUCGAGGACUCCGAGACAGCUUUUGGGCCCGCUGGAGCCGAGAAUACCUCAACACCUUGCAACAGCGCACUAAGUGGACCAGGGCUCGAGCCAACUUGUCUGUGGGAGAUCUUGUCGUCAUCAUCGAUGCCUCACUUCUGCGAUCGAACGGCAAGUGGCCACUCGCCCGCGUAAUCGACGUUCAUCCCGGCCAGGACGGCCGUGUCCGAGCCGCCGCCGUAAAAACGGCUGAUAGUCAAUACACCAGACCGAUCGACAAGCUCAUUCGCCUACCCAUCAUCUUGUCUUCGAGAGCCCCCGCCGCUGAUUAA